CAGAAAAAGAAUUCCAACGUAUCGUGAGUGUGAUAUACAAUCUCUAUCGAUACACCCGAAUAAUUUCAGUCAAAUCAGCUGCAAAUGCCGCAAAGAACAUUCCGUAGAAACCGAUAACGAUAACGUAUCGCAUAGAGAACGUACAGCAGUUUCUAGAGUACAGUACAGUGCAGGACAGUGACAGUGCGAUUCCAUCUUUGUGACGUGGGUGUGCUUGGAUUACAGAGUGACUGUAUUAUUGGACAUCAAGUACUUUUAAGUGUUGAUUCAUCAGCUGAUUGCUAGUGAAGCAACAGGCGCCCUUAACACACGGAGGCUGAUAAGAGUCUGUCCCCCGGUGGCCCUCCGGCCGACUCCCGACGCCCUCCUCGCCUCGCCUGCGGAGGGAGAGGCCGGCCGACCGCUGGCCCGCUCUCCUCCCUCGCCUGGCGCCAGCGGGAGUCGUGUGGCUUUGGCUCGCCCGCUCGGGCCUCUUCUCACCUCCGUCGGAUGAGAGCUUCUGACUGAAAGGGAAUCGCAAGCAGAAAGACACGAAAGCAGAUAUUUGUGUUGGAGUAAAUGGUGGUUCAGGUGACACGUAAGGGAACGCCGGAGUCUCAAGUGGCAUUCCUUGCGAGAGUAUAGAUCUGGACCGUGCUUCACAGGCACGCUCGCGUCCCCGGCGUAAGUGUCGCAGCGAAGCCGUUGUUCCAGCCAUGAAGGCCGGCCUGCGGCGGUGGGUGGAGAGCAACAGCGUCCCCGUGAGGAGCGAGGGCGGCUUCACGGUCCGCGAAAUGAGGACGACGACCGUGCUGAACGACCCGACGAACAAGGUGCGGGUCCUGGCCGUGGGCCCCGAGAACGGCGGCGAAGUGAAGAAGGUGCUCUUGCUGGGAGAGACCGGGAACGGCAAGACGCACUUCUGCAACGCCUUCGUCAACAGGGUGUUCGGCGUCGGCCUAGGAGACGACGUGCGCCUCCAGCUGCAGGACCAGAUGGACGAGGCCGGCAAGAGCUCGACGCAGAGCCAGACGGAGUACACGACGGCGUACGUGAUCUACCGCCAGGACGGGAUGCCCUAUGGCCACAACUACAUGGUGAUCGACACGGCGGGCGUGGGUGACACGGGCGGCCGCCUGCAGGAGGAGAGCAACGAGCGACAUUUCCGGCGGUGCUUGGCCGAGCACGCCUGGGUGAGGGAGCUGAGCAGCGUUGGGCUCGUGUGGAAGGCCAGUGACCACAGGUACGACGAGAGGAAGAGGGCCGUUCUGGGCAAAGUAAAGGGCCUUUUAGGCCAUGACGCGAAGCCAAUAACUGACAUUCUGGUCACGUUCUCCACCGAUGGGUCUCGCGACGCCUUCGACAUCAUGAGAGAAGCAGGCGUUGGCUACCACGGAGAAUUCCUGUUCGACAAUGCGCCUCUGUACAAGAGUUGGCCCCAGAACGAGAUGCGGAGGAAGAUGCUGGAGAUCGAGUGGGAAGUGAUGGAGGAGAGCCUCCACGCUUUCGUCGAAGCUGUAAGUCGGAGGAAGGCUGUGGAGCUGAAUGUAACAGUGAGGCUGAUACGCUCGCAGUUCGAACUUGAGGACACCAGGGCGGAGCUGCAGGCCCUUUGCCAGCAGGAGGACGAAUUUCGGCAGACCAUUGAGGAGCACGAGCGGAAGCUGCGCAGACUUGAAGGCAAAGAAUCGGAGGUGGACUGGGACGAGGUGCAGGCGUUGGACAGCAGCAGGGAAGAACUGGUCUUGCAGAACGGAAAGCACUGCCACUACUGCCCCGAAUGCAACAAGGUGUGCGUGCCUUUGUGCUCGACGGACCCUGCUAAUGAACGAACCGGGGAUGUUGUCGGGGAAGCAGCAAACGCAGGAUCAACAAGAGUAAUAUGCUCUUUUUUUAUAGAUGGUUCUCGUAACUGCCCAGAAUGUGACCAUCACCAAAUCGAUCACGAAUUCAGAAGCAGAAUCCUCGUCAAAGAUGCCACCUUCGGACAGAAAUUGGAAUUGGUCCGGAAAGCUCAGUAUGAGAGAGUCAUGGAUCAGAAAGCUGACAUUCGAGCUGAGAUUGAAGCAUAUGAUGCACAACUGAAAGAAGUCGAGAAGCAAAACAGGGGACUGAUAACCACGUGGUGCCGACUCGAAGAAAGGAUCAGCCAUUUGAAACUUGAAAACUAAAAUCGCUUAGCAAGGAACAUUGGUGUGAUGUAUAUACUUCGGGCAGAUAUGUAAAAUGCAAAGUAUUCACAAUUUUUACUGCUGAAAAUGGCAAUAAGAUGUUAACACACACAAAAAAAAAAUCGAAUUAUA